AGCUUUCCCAGAGUCGCGCAAAAAUCUUCGACCCCGUUGUGGUUCAUAGUUACUUCUCUCGUUGAAAGAAGAGAGAAAGAAAAAAAAAAAGGAACAUAUCUCGACGAUCGUGCGCUUUCUUUUUGAAAGGAUCUUUUUCAAGGAUCUUCUCCUUCCGUCGUAAAUUUCAUAUUUUUGGAAUUAUUAUCCCGAAACGACGUUUUCACGAAAGAAAAGUGGGUCGCAUACAGAUCUCGCUCACGUUUUGAUCCCCACUUAUCGCGGUCGGUCCAGGAAUCUGUCAGUGGCGUAUCGCGCACGUCCUCGGGAGGAUUGUCGCGCUCGUCCCGCGACGAAUCGUCAGUUAACGCGACGAGCGAACGCGAGAACGUCUUCGAAGAUUGGAGUAAAAGCAGGAUUUUACCCUUUUUCCCGAAAGAAAGCAAAAGAGGACUGCUAAGCAAAGAUGCCUGGCGCCGGUGGUCAGCCAUCGCAAAGGACCACUUUCCGACCACCGUGGGUCAAGGAUGGUCCUACCCCGUUGCCCAUGCCUACCGCGCCUUGGACCCUCAAUUCCCGCAGAGAUUCCAAGCCUAAGACCGACGAAGUUCCAGCCUUCACCCAAGUUACCUUGAAGAGUGUGCCGAAACCUGCAGAGUCGGCAACACCUUCGACAGAACAUGAACAACCGCGUAAACAGAGCAAAAUCACAAUAAUACCAAAACAGCCGAACAAUGAGAAGAUUCCGAGCAGUCGACCGGUGCUGGCGAAGUUACGCGAGAAUGGACGGCAGGAGCCAAAUUCGAGGCCACAGCUCGAACGACAGAUACACAUCGACAGAUCUCGAUCACGAGGUGACACUAUACCACUCUCAAAAAGUGAGAGCACUACAGGCGCACCAACUUUAUCAAAGAGUUCGUCGCGAGCGAACGUGCCACCACCGCCACCUCCGCGACCGCCUCCACCACCGCCUAGCAGAACGACAAUCCUCAAGGAUCUUCCUCCACUCAACGAAACACAAAUGGAGAAGCUAGAUGCACUGAAAUCCAGGCCAAGAAAACGGCCGGAUUGGGCCUGCAUGAUGAAAGAGGUCGAGCAUGGCAAGAAACUCAGACAUGUUAAGUGUAACGAUCGAAGUGCGCCUCUGAUUGAAAGGGUGAACAAGGUCACGGCCGAUUCAGCAGGCAAAGCUCACUUUGUGUUCGAGUCUGAAAAAUCGAAUAUGCACAAUCAGCUACUAAAGCAGAUUCAGCAGGGCGUGAAACUUAAGACUGUCAGGACUAACGAUCGCUCGAAACCAAUGCUGGAAGGACUAAGAAAAUUCCGACGACAAUUAACUAUAGAAGAGCAAAUACAGAAAGCCGAGGAAGCACCCGUAGAUGUCGCAAUUCAGGAUGAAAUGGAUGAUAUAGAUGCCGUCAGAGAUGAUUUGCAAAGCACUAAACAGAUGCUCGCGUUGGAGCUGAGAAACAAAGAAGCCGUGGAACGAGACAACAAGCGAUUACAGGCAAGAAUUUUGAAUCUUGAGGCAGAAGUAGAACAUAUGAAGCUUCAAAAGAAUGCUCAGGAAAACAAACAACAGGAUGAGAAACUCGCAGAAUCUCUGAAACAGGAAGUGCAACAAGCGAGGAAGGAUGCAGAAAAAGCGGAAAAGGAAUAUGCUAGCGCUGCUGAGGAAAGAGAUAAGGCUAAAAAUGAAUUGGAAGAAAUGAAAAGAAUGUAUGCGGUAUUGGAAAAGCGCAUGAAAGCUGAAGAAUCUGCGUCAAUUGAAGCUGACCCAAUAAUAGAGUUAGUAGAGGAUUGGGAAGACGUAGGCUGGUACAAUGUUACAGGAAUCGCACUGGCUGGUUGUCCAAGUGCAAAGGAUGUAGCUAAAAUCGCAUCGCAAAAAAGUGUAGACAAACAGGAUGUUGAUAGCACGAGCGAAGAGGAAGAAGAAAGUACAGAGGAAGAAGAGGAAGACGAGAAUCCUAAAGCUGCGGCAGAGAAACGCGCUCAGAGAGAAAUCAAGCUUCUUAUCACGAAAAUUAAGAAUUUUAAGGACAAAGCUGUAAACGCCAGGAAAGAAAGGCACGCGUUGAAGGAGCAAAUAAAACAACAGCAAAAAUUACUGAAGGAAGAAAAGAAAAAAUAUAAGGAAUUGCAGAAGCAAGUUGAUAAGAUGGCGAAGCUAAUGGCAGAAAAUGAUGAGGAGGAAGAGGAAGAAGAAGAAGAAAAAGAGGAUGAAGAGGAAGAAGAGACGGAAUCUGAAGAAGAAUCAGAAUCUGAGGAAUCAGAGGAAGAGGAAUCUGAAUCUGACGACGAAGAGGCACCUAUUGAUAAGCGUAAAAACAUUCUGCAAAAAUACGUUAAAAAGCACGAGGGACGAUUGGCAGCUUUGAAAAAAGGGAACUAUCUGCUUAAGGCACAAGUAGACAGAAUUAAGGACAAUCUUGUAAAGCAGCGAGAGGAUAGCAUCAGCCUGCAAGAGGAUCUUGAUUCGGUCUUAGCAGAAUUAGGUUAAAUUAAUUGUAGAGUGAGCGGAUAAUAAUUUCCAAAAAUACAGAGAUUGUGUACACACUUUAUAUAAAUAUUACGUAUUGAAAUAUAGAUAAAUGUUACGAGAGAAAAGAUAAUUACAUACAUACACACACACAUAUAUUCCACUCGAAAAACUUCCACAGGAAAUAGCGAUAUACCCAGUGCAGAGAUGUCUACCAAUUUUGUCGCAAAAUAUACUAUCCUAUUACAUAAAGCUUUGAUGACAGCCUUUAAUUCCGUAAAAUUCAACAAAAGCCUGUAUUAAAAUAAUGCUAAAUAAACGUGAUUUUUUCAGUUCAAAA